GUUGUUCGCGCCGUCGUUGACCAAUCCGCAUGCUGUUUAAUCAGCGCGCAUGCGCAGAACCGAGCAGCGCGUCACACAGCUCUUCUAGGUCCAAAAUGGCGCUGUGUUUACGUCUCUGUGUAAUCGUGUAUUAUCUAUAAGAAGUCUCAUGGAAAGCUCUGGUGAUUUUAGUAACACCUGGAAAAGAUAAUUAGACCAUUUAGCUACACCUGUGAUCUACGACAAAUUCGCAGAUCUGUAGCUGUAAAAGUUCACCACCAGGAUGCAGGCUGAGGCCACAGACUCUGCACUGAGAGAGGGCAUAGGGGCUCUGGAUGUGAAGGACACAGAAACACCUGCAGCAGGCAGAGAGGAAGAGACCAACACAGAGCAGCAGGACACAGAGAUGACAGCUGCCACAGAGGAGGACACAACACCCAAGGAUGAAAAGGAUGGAGACACAGAUGCAGUGGAGGGAGAAGUACACAAGGAUGAACCUCGGGCAGACUCUGGGCUGGACGGUGAGGAGGGAAAGCAGGCUGCAGGAGCGGACGGCGAAUGGGAGCUGGCGUACAGCGACGAGGAAAUGGAGGACCCCAAAAACUGGAUGCCCCCUACCGCUGAGAUCAAAAGACUCUAUGAGCUCCUCUCUAAAGGGGAGAAGCUGGAAUUGAACUUUGUGCCCCUUCCCAGGAGGCCCCCUACGCCCGAACGUACACCCUCGCCGGAAAGAGACGACGAGGAAGACAUGGCAAAGGACAGAGAGAGGGAGGAGAGAGACCGCAGGCCUGUAACUCCAACUGAGUUUGACUUUGAUGAAACACAAGCCACUCCGAAAAAUGCCUUCGUGAACAGACGCAGAACACCAGGGUCUUCGGCCCGCUCCUCUGUGAAAAGGGAAGCUCGGCUGGACAAAGUACUCUCGGACAUGAAGCGCCACCGCAAAAUCGAGGAGCACAUCAUGCGCACGGGUCGAGAUCUCUUCAAGAGCGAGAAGAAGCUGGAGGAGGCUUUGUCUCCAAACAGCCAGAAGGAGCGGGAGAAGGAGAGGGAGCGAGACAGCAACCCCAACACCAUCUUCUCCCCGAGACAGAGGAGAUACUGAAGUAUUGAUAAGAGAUGAGGACUUGACCACAGGCAAAUAAGGCCAAUAUGAGCUUUCCAAGGCUUUUUCAAAACUUGAAUUUUUUUAUGUAACAAGUUUUGUAUGUUUUUUAUGUGUGUUUUGUAUGUUGGCAAUAAACAUUUUAACUCUGGAGAAUGUUAACUGCUGUUAUCGGUGAGCAGUAAGGGUGGGUGAUACAAAUAUUUUGUAACAGCGUACGAUCAUGAUAGCAGUAUACAUUGUGAUAUACUAAAGUUUGUUAAACUUCAUGGAUAAAAUAAUAUAAAGAUGUAUUGUUUGAAUUAAAUACCUGGCAAGUGAAGGUAUAUGAUCACAUUUAUACAACAAAAAAAAUCAUAUACAGCCCCCCCUCUCAACCCAUAUUGCAAUAAAGCAGUCCUGCUCAUUAACAGACAUUUCCCACAA